CUUUGCCAGAGCUGUAGACGAAGCUUCGACAUUAAAACAGCCUUCUCUACACAUGUCAGCAGCGGCAGCUUCACGUGACGUCACUCUUUUCAAUGCCAUGGGACUGCUUCAUGCUUCUAAAUAUGAUUUUGCUAAAGCUGCUCUCUCAUUGGUCAACAAUGGUUCCCCCAGGUUGUCCACAGACCAGAUGGAAGAGUGGACUACAGCAGAGGCGGCCUUGUUCGAGGAGGCCAUGGAGAAGCAUGGAAAGGCCUUCAACGACAUCUGGACAGAUUAUAUGCCAUGGAAAACUGUUAAGAAUCUGGUUGACUACUACUAUACCUGGAAAACAACUGACAGAUAUGUUCAACAAAAGCGUCUCAAGGCUGCUGAACAUGAAACUAAACUGAAACAGGUUUAUGUACCAGACUAUACUAAACAUGGUGAGCAGUCCCUUUUGAUCGAUUGA